AUGUCCAUUGACCCUUCGACUUUCCUCAGCGACAUCAUCGGCAGCCUGGUCGUGGUCAAGUUGCACAACGGGCUUUUGUACCGGGGCUCGCUCCAGUCGAUUGACGGCUACAUGAACAUCGUGUUGGAGAACGGUAAGGAGAUGGCGGGCGAGCUGGUGACCAAAGAGUGGGGCGACGUGUUUAUCCGGGGCAACAACGGUAAGUAA